CCCUUCAAUCUUUAUUCUUUUAUCUUCACUGAUAGAUUAUAUAUUUAAUUUAUUUAUAUAGGUUAAGUUUCUCCGAGGUUAAGUUUCUGAAUUAUUACGAGUUUCAAUGUGAUUUAGGAUCUAGACGGAGAGAUUAUAUUUUUUAGAUUUUUAGUGGUUUUUCUAUUCUAUUUCAUUUCACGGUUUUUUGUUUUGUAUGAAAUGUUAGCUCAACUGUUUAAGUAUUAAAAAUUAUACUAUUGAAUUUCGAUUGCAAUAUGGAAUCAUUCCAAAACCUACAAUAUUGGUGUAUAGGCCACAUUUGGCAGCAGUUUCUUGCAAUUUUGCUGAUUGGAACCUAAUUUUGAAGCUGUGAAAGUGAGAGGGUAAAAAGACUUAGAUUUGGUUUUAAUUAGUUUCUAUGUAGGUUAUAGAUAUUUAUAAUUUAAAAUAAGUUUACGAUUCUUCACCUGUGGAAAAGUUAUUAUAAGUUUGAAGAUGUUUCCGGCAAGUUGAGUGAGAGAGCUUCUUAAGUUACUUUGGAGAUGCAGAAGCUAAUUUUGACUUAUACUAGAAGCUAUUGUUCAAAAAAUAUAAUUAUUGAUGUAGCUUGGGUACCAAGUUGGCUUCAGAAUCUUAGAACAGAUGGGUUUGAUGAAUAUGUAAAGGAAUCUCAAGCUCCUUCCAACCAAGCAGAAAAGGAUUUGGCAAUUUCUUCCAAAAAUGGUAUUGAUGUCAAAGUCUUUAAUGUAUUAUCAAGGGAAGAAGGUGGAUACAGGAGUUGCCAUUUAUUCUUAUCUGGAAGCGAUAGUUCAUCUCUUAGUGUUGCUCCAUCUCCUGGAAAUGUGUUUCAGUUUAGUCUGCAUCUUUCUUCAGAUGUCGAUUCAAUCUUUUGCCCAACUCAAGAUUGGAAUCAGUCUCAUGCAGUUGCUCCCAGUAAAGCUUUUUCAUUGCAACCUGCUCAAACUUCCGUUGAUUUUAGAGAGAACAUGCAUUCCGUGAUGGGCGAUCAUGCUUGUGAACAAGAUGUGUUGGCUGCAUUCGUUUCUGAAACAACGAAAAAAGAUUCUUUAAAAUCUCCCAUGGAUACAAUUGGUUCUGUGAGACAACAGAAAGAAAAACCCAAGGUCAAAUGUUUCAAAAGUGAUGAUAUCAGUGAUGCAGUUGAACUUUCUAUUGCAGCAUCUGAGGCACUGGUCAUACAUGAUUUAGUAAAGAUGGAGUCAGUAUCAGAAACAUUGAGUACAGAAGCUGUACUUGAAAUUGCACUUCGUGUGAAGCAGGCACGUCUUGAGGGGUUAGAAGAUGUCUUUCUUUCAUCAUCCGUGGAAUCUGACUGUAGUGAUUCUCUUUCUGAUUUAAAUGAUUUCCUUAUGGAAGAUGCCUAUGAAGAUAUAGGCUUACCUAUUGGGUUUUCCUUUGAAGGACAUCUUUCCAAUUCAGCUAUAUUUCAUGCAAAAGGUGUGCCCCGUGAUGAAAGUUAUAUUGGAGGCAAUAAUAAAUAUAAUGAUAAAGAGCUUAUUUCUCAGCUUGCCAAAUUCAGAGUCACCUCCACAUUCUUUGUGUGGUGA